AAUUGAUCGCUUUGAAAGCGAGGCUGAGGAGCGACAUCACAUCCCAGAGUCUGAAACAUUCACCUAGGAGCUUGUGAGCCAGGCAUGGUCUGGAACAGCCAAAGGAUAUACCAGCUGAAAUGUUAAUAUAAACAUCUUUCCUGGCUUCGCCGUAAUUGUCGAUGCUGGUGUAACUGAUUUGAAGCAGCAGUGGAGGAGUGAAUCGUUCAGCUGAUGAAGAGAGCGUGACGGCUGGUAAAGUGGAACAUGCUACCAAACAACAAUGGGUUCGAUAAUUGAUAGCAGAGUGCUGUGUUUCCUGGUGACAACGAUAGCUUCAGUAUUGGCCAUUGACUGCUAUGUCUGCACGUCUGUGGACCGGUCCAAUCGUGACUGUGAAGACCCGUUCAACCAUACUCGCAAGACCUUCCAUCUGAUAGAGAGGCGCUGCAUGUAUGGCUUCUUCGAAGGAACACACUGUAUCAAGCUGAACGGACAUAGGGAGGAUGGAUCCCACAUUCUGGUGCGACAUUGCAGCAACGACAACUGGGGAAGUCACUGCGGUCUCAUCAGAUUCGAAUACGAGAGGAGUACAGAGAAGAUCUAUGGGUGUCUGGAGUCAUGUGAUCACGACGGCUGUAAUGGCGGCGUAGGUGUCGCAGCGCAAAUAAUCACAACCCUGCUGUCGAGUAUUGCAGUUGCCUUCGUGGUGUGGUGAAAACAAUCCAAUCAUUUAAUCAUUAAGGGGAUUCUCCAACUCGAUCAAAGAACGCACUGAGGAGUCUGUUCCCUACGUUAACGGUUGUGACUGGAGAUACUGUAAGCACGUCAACAUUCCGACUCCGAAAGCAGAUCCACAUCUAUGCAUGGGACUUUUGUUUCAUAUGCACUAUAUUUUUUUUGUAUACGUUACCUCCUGUCUGUGGUAUUGUCGGAGGGGAGUGAGCUCAGUUGGUUGACUUGCUCCCCCGCUGGAGAUAGUCAAAGCAAGUGUACUAUAUCUGUGCGGAGUGUGAUGGAUUACCGUUACGUUUGUAGUUAAGAAAUGGAUACGGUAAAGGUCCCAUUGUUCUCCAUCGGAAGACAAUCCAGACUGAUAAGAGUCGGUCCCCCAUGCCUGCAGCGCUGGAGAAAAGUUGUAAAUUCUAGCGUGUUACAAAAAGGUACACAUUCUAGAACUUCUGGCUCACAUCGGGUAUAUUUGUCACAUCGGGUACUUGUGAUGGGACGGAACAGUAUAGUAUCCAGUAUGAUAUGGGUGGAUACUCGACAUAGGACUGUGUCCGUACGCAAUCAUGGUUAAAGCUUGUAUUCAGUAGCAUGCAUACACCCAGCAUUGAUAAAAGGAUCGACCGAUAUCCUGUACACUUACAAAGGAAACAACUGCAGUAUGGAUGGGCUCCUCAAUUCGAAGUAAUUAGCAUGGAAUAUAUUCCGUCAACGUGACAAAUACACAUUUGUUUGCGUUUCUUAAAGACGUCUUUAAAGCGUAACCAUGGCACAUCUCGCCUAUAAUAUUUGAACCGCAGUCAAGAGGAAUUCGAGAUCUUUUGAGAAUUUCAACGAGAUUGUUUGCCAGAACUUGGCGCCAGGACUUGAUCCGAUUUUAUUCUUUUAAGUCAACAAAUUAUGUCAUUGUGUGUCCAUCCGUAGCAGCUAGUUCCCGAAACUCAAAGAAAGAAUCACUGAUGACAGAUCAAUCAUAAAUCACGGCUUACUCCACAAUGAUUGCUCAUUUCCUCCUGGAGAUUGGUUCUGUUUGUGACCUUGACCCUUUGGCAAAGGAAGAUCACUUUGGGUCUCCUGUAGAUACAGUUGUAGAUGAAACAUCGGAAUUCAUUCAGCGGCAGAAGCAACAGAAUCAUCAUUGGUUAGACAUUGAGUCGUGUCCACAAUACCUAACCCUGGUAGGAACCCUCACUGAUGCAGCACCUCCGCACAAAUACAGACAAUGAUGGCUCCCUGUUGAUGAUGUGAUUUUGGGUUCCGUUACACGUCUUGUUGUUGAAUACUAGUUGUCACCAUAGAAGAAUUCACCUUAUGUUUCCAAGGGCUUUGUGUUUGGCAGUUGCAGAGUCACUCUAUUGUCCGACUCCCCCACAGUACUACUUACUGACAAAUAACGCCGUUAAACAAUACUUUUUAAAUACGACACCCGCAACCAUACCGGAAAGUCUUGUUCAUCAAACCAGCAUGAACUCAAUAAUUUAGUUUACCAUUUUUCGCAGUUUUUCAGUUUAAUCCUGGGAUGUAAAGGAUACCCGAUGAGACUUUAUUUGCGACUGAAAGUGAAAAGAAUGUCUAUUCAAAAUGUAAUUCCACUUGUUUAUCAACCACCCACCCCCUUCCCCAAAAACAAACAAAA